AUGUCGCACCAAUCUGAAUAUGUGGAGGUCGAGAUUGAAGAAAUCCAGUCAAGUUCACAUCGCAGUGCAAACGCAGCACCUCUAAUACUCUUCCAUGACGGUGGGGGGACCGUCUUUAGUUAUUACCUUUUGGGUGACCUGAACAGAGAUGUGUACGGAAUUGCAGACCCAUAUUUUGCGACUAUCAAUAGCUGGACUGGCGGAAUACGACAGAUGGCAGAGGCAUACGCAUCAAGCAUUUGGGCUGAGUUUACACAGAGACCGGUCUUAUUAGGAGGCUGGUCUCUGGGGGGAAUCCUCUGCAUAGAAGUUGCACGCGCGAUGCGGGCGAAAUUCGAUGCCUCAGUCGUAGGCCUGAUCCUGCUCGACACGCCCUAUCCUGGGGACUGGAAAGCUCUCCGGUCAUCCACCGCGGUAGUAUCCUCGGAUUUACCCGCGAAGGUAUCUCCGGUGAUCAGGAAGCAUAUAAUGAGGCGAUACGAGGAGGCAGAGCGGCUGGUCGAAAAUUGGGAGAUACCCACAGAGCUCGCUGUUAUCAGAGGGACCGAAGGCAGGCCUCUUGUCAAUAUGCCACCUGCUCUACUUGUCCGGGCGUCAGAUCGAGUACCAGUCACAGACGAUGCAACCUUUGCUGUGGUUGACGUCCACCGGCAUGAUAGAAUGUUGGGGUGGGAGUGUUGCCGACACGAAUGGAUCCGGGAGGUUGUGGAUAUUAAUGCCAACCACUACAAUAUUUUUGAUGACAGCAACAAGGUUAGUGAUCCGAUGUGA